UGGGACAUACAACUUGAAGUCUCUUCCUUUCUUUUCUUUUUCAUUCUUUUAAAAAAAAAAAAUAAAAAAUUGUUUGACGUUGUUUUGUUUUUUGUUUUGUAGUAUAAAAAUUUUUAAUACCGAAAACCAACCAAUUCUCUCUCUCUCUCUCUCUCUCUCUCGCUUUUCUUCAAAAAUCACGAUCCCAACAAGACAAUACUUUUUAGAACACCAUUUUCAUCGAGAAAAGCAGAGAAAAGAAGCGGUUUUGUGAUCGUAAUUCGAAUGGAAAAAGAGCAGUUGAUAACGUCAGGUAGUGGUGGGUCUCGCUACUUUCAAAUGCAAUCAGAGCCUACUUUGUCGCCCACCUUUUCUUUCCGGCCCGAACCGGGUCGGGUAUUCGAUGAGCUUCCUACGGCUUCCAUCGUCCACAUCUCUCGUCCCGACGCCGCCGAUAUCAGCCCCAUGCUUCUCUCUUACACCAUUGAGUUUCAAUACAAACAGUUCAAGUGGCGCUUGGUGAAGAAAGCUUCACAUGUAUUCUACUUGCAUUUUGCGUUGAAGAAACGUGCAUUUAUUGAGGAAAUUCACGAGAAGCAGGAACAGGUUAAAGAAUGGCUUCAAAAUCUAGGAAUAGGAGAUCAACAUCCAGUGGUGCAGGACGAUGAUGAAGAUGAUGAGACUGUUCCCUUGCAUCACGAUGAAAGUGCUAAAAACAGAGAUGUUCCAUCUAGUGCUGCUCUGCCAAUCAUCCGGCCAGCCUUGGGAAGGCAGCAUUCCAUGUCGGAUAGAGCAAAGGUUGCAAUGCAGGGGUACUUGAAUCAUUUUUUAGGAAAUAUGGACAUUGUUAACUCCCGAGAGGUUUGCAGAUUUUUGGAGGUUUCUUAUUUAUCAUUUUCUCCAGAAUAUGGCCCUAAGCUAAAAGAAGACUAUGUGAUGGUUAAGCAUCUACCAAAGAUUCCAAGGCACGAUGAUUCAAGGAAAUGUUGUGCUUGUAGUUGGUUCAACUGUUGUAAUGAUAAUUGGCAAAAAGUCUGGGCCGUAUUAAAACCUGGAUUCUUGGCCUUGCUGGCAGACCCUUUUGAUACACAACCUUUAGAUAUAGUUGUUUUCGAUGUGCUCCCAGCCUCAGAUGGGAAUGGGGAGGGCAGAGUAUCAUUGGCAAAAGAAAUAAAAGAACGAAACCCUUUACGCCAUGCAUUCAAGGUUACUUGUGGAAACCGGAGCAUCAGGUUAAGGGUUAAGAGUAGUGUUAAAGUCAAAGAUUGGGUUGCUUCAAUUAAUGAUGCUGGACUUAGGCCUCCUGAGGGAUGGUGCCAUCCUCAUCGUUUUGGUUCUUUCGCUCCUCCAAGAGGUUUGAGUGAUGAUGGUAGUCAGGCUCAGUGGUUUGUUGAUGGUCGGGCAGCAUUUGAAGCUAUUGCUUCUUCCAUUGAGGAUGCAAAAUCAGAGAUUUUUAUUUGUGGAUGGUGGGUUUGCCCAGAAUUGUAUCUUCGGCGUCCUUUUCAUGCUAAUCCUUCCUCUAGGCUUGAUGCUUUACUGGAAGCAAAAGCCAAGCAAGGGGUUCAGGUUUAUAUUCUACUCUAUAAAGAGGUCGCCCUUGCUCUGAAAAUCAACAGUGUUUACAGCAAGAAAAGGCUACUUGGAAUUCAUGAGAACGUAAGGGUACUACGUUACCCUGACCACUUUUCUAGUGGUGUUUACUUGUGGUCCCACCAUGAAAAACUUGUCAUUGUUGAUUACCAGAUUUGCUUUGUUGGAGGACUGGAUUUAUGCUUUGGUCGUUAUGAUACAGCUGAGCAUAAAGUGGGUGAUUACCCCCCUUUGCUAUGGCCUGGAAAGGACUACUAUAACCCAAGGGAAUCUGAACCAAACUCUUGGGAGGACACGAUGAAAGAUGAGUUGGAUCGUCAAAAAUAUCCUCGUAUGCCUUGGCAUGAUGUUCAUUGUGCCCUGUGGGGACCAGCUUGCCGGGACAUAGCUAGGCACUUUGUUCAGCGAUGGAACUAUGCAAAGAGAAAUAAAGCUCCACAUGAGCAAACGAUUCCACUACUUAUGCCUCAGCAGCACAUGGUAAUCCCACAUUACAUGGGAAAAAGCCAAGAGGCUGAAGUUGAGGGUGAAAUUGUAGACAAUCACAGAGAACUUAAAAGACAGGAUUCCUUCUCUUCCAGAGCAUCUUCUCAAGAUAUCCCACUGCUUUUGCCUCAAGAAGCUGAUGAGAUGGAAUCUCCAAAUGGAGACCCAAAAUCCAACGGUUUGGAGUCUCCUUCUAUUCUUCUUGAUCAGCCAAGCAGGGUUAGCAGCGGUCUUGGUUUCACCUUCCGGAAGCCAAAAAUUGAACCAGUAGGUCCAGAUUUGCCAAUGAGGGAUUUUGCAGAUAACCUUGACACCUUGGUUCGUCAUGGAAAAUUAACUUCAGAGGGGUUGAUGCAACCUGGCAUGAAAAAUUCAGAUCCAGAAUGGUGGGAAACUCAAGAACGGGGAAAUCAGGGUGGUUUUGCAGAUGAUUCUGGACAAGUUGGUCCUCGUACUUCAUGCCGAUGUCAGGUUAUUAGAAGUGUAAGCCAGUGGUCUGCUGGCACAAGCCAAACUGAAGAGAGCAUUCACAAUGCUUAUUGCUCUCUCAUCGAGAAAGCAGAGCAUUUUAUCUACAUUGAGAAUCAAUUCUUCAUUUCAGGCCUUUCAGGAGAUGAAAUAAUACGGAAUCGUGUGUUGGAAGCAUUAUUUCGGCGUAUUAUCCGAGCAUAUAAUGAUAAGAAGUGUUUCAGGGUUAUAAUUGUUGUACCUCUCCUACCAGGUUUCCAGGGAGGUUUGGAUGAUACUGGUGCUGCAUCUGUGAGAGCUAUACUACACUGGCAAUACCGAACCAUUUGCAGAGGACAAUAUUCAAUUCUACACAAUCUUUAUGAUAUUCUUGGUCCAAAAACACAUGACUACAUUUCCUUCUAUGGCCUUAGAGCUUAUGGUAAACUCUUUAAAGAUGGUCCAGUGGCCACCAGUCAGGUUUAUGUACAUAGUAAAAUCAUGAUUGUUGAUGAUUGUACGACAUUAAUUGGAUCAGCUAACAUUAAUGAUAGGAGUUUGCUUGGUUCAAGAGAUUCUGAGAUUGGUGUACUUAUUGAAGACAAAGAGCCGGUGAACUCAUAUAUGGGAGGAAAACCAUGGAAGGCUGGGAAGUUUUCUUUGAGUCUUCGCCUGUCGCUAUGGUCAGAACACCUUGGUCUUCGUUCAGGAGAGAUUGAUCACAUAAUUGACCCAGUUGCUGAUUCAACUUACAAGGACAUCUGGAUGGCAACUGCAAAGACAAAUACUGCCAUCUACCAAGAUGUAUUUUCUUGCAUACCCAAUGACUUUAUACACACUAGAGCUGCAAUCAGACAUAGCAUGAGUUUCUGGAAGGAGAAAGAUGAGCACACAACAAUCGAUUUAGGAAUAGCCCCUAAGAAGCUAGAAUCUUAUCAGAACGGAGAUGUGAGUAAUGCAGAUCCGUUGGAGAGAUUAGGGUCUCUCAAAGGACAUCUUGUUUCCUUCCCACUGGAUUUUAUGUGCAAAGAAGAUUUAAGACCUGUCUUCAACGAAAGCGAGUAUUAUGCUUCACCUCAAGUUUUUCAUUGAGGUUUAUAUCAUCAUCUGGUGUAUAGUAUAGUUUUACAAAAGCCAUCAUCAUUAAUUAGGGCCAGACUUGAAUCUAUUUUAAACUUUCAUGUACAUUUUUUCCCCCUUUUAUGUGUGUCAACAAAUUAUAGAGAAAGAAAGAGAAGAGAAACAGCAGCUAAGAUCAUAGAAUAGCUGCCAAAGGGAACGCUUUUAUACGAAUUUUGGAUAUUUUACUUUAAUUAAAGUAAAAUACUUUUUACUGAAAUAUACACUAGUUCAAUUUCUUCUA